UUGAAGAAAUUAACUCAGAAAAUAAGCUCGAACACGCUUCCAUAGCCCUCGUUAAUGCAAAAUUUGAUAUUGAAACACAGAAACGGAAGCGAAGGAUAAUAAAGAGGAAGGCUAGGAAGAAGAAGAAGUAGUAGAAGGGCGAAGCGUGAGAGAGAGUGUUUUCCGCCCUCUCGCGCACACAUUUCACAGAUCAGAUCGAAAUCUGCCCAAUUGUUAGUUUCGCAAUUUUCCAUCUCUAAGAUCCAAUUUUUUCUUUUGCUGAGUGAGCACUUGAAUUUGUUUUUAGUUGGGGGCGAUUAGGUUUUUCCGAAUCCAAUGGCGUGCAUAAAAGGGGUGAAUCGAUCGGCCUCUGUGGCUCUGGCGCCGGACGAUCCUUACAUGGCGGCCGGAACCAUGGCGGGGGCGGUUGAUCUGUCAUUCAGCUCCUCUGCCAAUCUUGAAAUAUUUAAGCUUGAUUUUCAGUCGGAUGAUCAGGAACUGCCUUUGGUCGCCGAGUUUCCUAGUUCCGAGCGGUUCAAUCGUCUAUCUUGGGGGAACAACAGUUCUUCGUCUGAAGGUUUUGGUCUCGGCCUUAUUGCCGGUGGACUGGUUGAUGGGAACAUUGACAUCUGGAAUCCCCUUACUCUGAUCCGUUCGGAAGCAAAUGAAAAUGCUUCUGUUGCACACCUUGAGAGACAUAAAGGACCUGUUCGAGGUCUUGAAUUUAAUUCUAUUGCACCAAAUCUUCUUGCAUCUGGGGCUGAUGAUGGUGAAAUUUGCAUAUGGGAUUUGGCCAAUCCUUUGGAGCCCACUCAUUUUCCGCCACUCAAGGGUAGUGGAUCUGCUAGCCAGGGGGAAGUUUCAUUCUUAUCAUGGAAUAGUAAAGUCCAGCACAUUUUAGCAUCAACAUCUUAUAAUGGGACCACUGUGGUCUGGGAUCUAAAGAAGCAAAAGCCAGUGAUAAGCUUUUCAGAUUCAGUUAGAAGACGGUGCUCAGUUUUACAGUGGCAUCCUGAUAUUGCCACACAGCUUGUUGUUGCAUCAGAUGAAGAUGGUUCUCCUACUGUGAGGCUUUGGGAUAUGAGGAACAUAAUGACACCAAUAAAGGAGUUUGUGGGACAUACUAAAGGUGUAAUUGCAAUGUCAUGGUGUCCCAAUGAUAGCUCUUACUUGCUAACCUGUGGCAAAGAUAGUCGCACCAUAUGCUGGGACACAAUUACUGGAGAGAUUGUCUGCGAAUUGCCAGCUGGAACCAACUGGAAUUUUGAGGUUCACUGGUAUCCUAAGAUACCUGGAGUGAUAUCAGCAUCUUCCUUUGAUGGAAAAAUUGGCAUAUACAACAUUGAGGGUUGCAGUCGAUAUGGUGUUGGGGAACAUGAUUUUGGCGCAGCACCUCUGAGAGCUCCAAAAUGGUAUAAACGUCCUGUUGGAGUCUCAUUUGGCUUUGGGGGCAAGCUGGUGUCAUUUCAAUCCAAGUCAUCUGCUGCAGGUGCACCAACUGGGCCGUCAGAGGUAUUUGUGCACAACUUGGCUGCUGAAGACAGUCUUGUGAGUAGGUCAUCUGAAUUUGAAGCUGCAAUACAAAGUGGGGAAAGAGCAUUAUUAAGGGCUUUAUGUGAUAAAAAAUAUCAGGAGUCACAAUCUGAGGAGGAAAGGGAAACCUGGGGCUUCUUAAAGGUUAUGUUUGAAGAUGAUGGGACUGCACGAACAAAACUACUCACUCACCUUGGUUUCAGUGUACCUAGUGAAGGAAAAGACACAGUUGCAGAUGGUCUUACCAAAGAAGUAAGUGGUCUUGGACUUGAGGACACAUCUGUCGAUAAAGUAGGACUUGAGGCGGCCAAUGAACCCACUGUUUUCCCUUCUGACAAUGGGGAAGAUUUCUUUAACAAUCUUCCUAGCCCCAAAACUGAUACACCUGUGUCUACUUCUGGUGGCAACUUCGUUGUGGAAGAUGCCAAUGGUUCAGAGAAAAUCCAAGAAGAGUUGGAAAUGGAGGAGAGUGCUGACUCUUCAUUUGAUGACAGUGUUCAACGUGCUCUGGUCCUUGGAGACUACAAGGGAGCAACUGCGCAAUGCAUAUCUGCAAAUAAGUGGGCUGAUGCUUUAGUUAUUGCUCAUGUUGGCAGUGCUUCCUUGUGGGAAAGUACACGGGAUCAAUACCUUAAGCUAAGCCGGUCCCCAUACUUGAAGAUUGUAUCAGCAAUGGUGAGCAAUGACCUCUUGAGCCUUGUGAACUCCAGGCCUCUGAAGUUUUGGAAGGAAACUCUUGCUCUUCUAUGCAGUUUUGCACAGAGAGAUGAGUGGACAAUGCUUUGUGACGCACUUGCUUCAAAACUUAUGGUGGCUGGCGAUACAUUAGCUGCGACACUUUGUUUUAUAUGUGCUGGAAAUAUUGAUAAAACAGUUGAAAUUUGGUCAAGGAGACUGCAGAGUGAGCAUGAAGGAAAAUCUAAUGUUCAGCUUCUACAGGAGUUGAUGGAGAAGACUAUUGUUCUUGCUGUAGCAACUGGGCAAAAGAGGCUUAGUUCAUCUCUUUGCAAGCUUGUUGAGAAAUAUGCUGAAAUUUUAGCAAGUCAAGGGCUGUUAACUACUGCAAUGGAGUAUCUGAAACUCUUAGGAUCUGAUGAGCUUCCAACUGAACUUGUGAUCUUAAAAGAUAGAAUUGCUCUUUAUACAGAACCUGAGCUGGAAUUAAAGGCUACUACUGCUUUUGAAAAUUCUCAAUCACGGAGCAGAUCUUUUUAUGGUGCUGAUAAUUCUUCAUAUGGUGGAAAUUAUCAGGAGUCAGCACCCGCACAAGUGCAGCAAAGUGUUCCUGGAACUGCAUAUAAUGAAAACUAUCAACAACAGUAUGAUACUUCAUAUGGAAGAGGGUAUACAGUUCCCGCUCCAUAUCAGCAACCUCAACAGCCUAAUUUAUUUGUUCCGUCACAGACCCAUCAGGUUCCUCAGCCAAACUUCUCUCCUGCUGCCGUCACACAGCCUCCUUUGAGAUCUUUUGAUCCUCAGACUCCUCCUACUCUAAAAAAUGCAGCGCAAUAUCAGCAGCCCACCUUGGGUUCUCAAUUGUAUUCUACACCUAGCAAUCCACCUUACCAACCUCCAAGCCCUGUUCAUGGCCAGAAAUUACCGCAUGUUGUGGCACCGACCCCUCAUUCAAGGGGAUUCAUGCCAGUUCCUACUCCCAGCGCCGUCCAAAGACCUGGUGUGGGAUCAAUGCAACCACCUGUCAGGAAUCCUCAGGCAGGAUCUGUACAACCGACUACAUCGCCAGCAGCUCCACCUCCUACAGUGCAGACAGCAGAUACUUCAAAUGUUCCUGUGCACCAAAGGCCUGUUGUAACCACGUUGACAAGGCUUUUUAAUGAGACAUCAGAAGCACUAGGAGGUUCACGUGCAAAUCCAGCUAAGAAGCGUGAGAUAGAAGACAACUCCAAGAAACUCGGUGGGUUGUUUGCCAAAUUGAACAGCGGGGACAUCUCUAAAAAUGCUUCUGAUAAGCUGCUUCAGCUAUGUCAGGCAUUAGACAACGGUGAUUUUGGUACUGCCUUGCAAAUUCAGGUGCUUCUCACUACCACGGAGUGGGAUGAAUGCCAGUCCUGGUUAGGCUCACUCAAGCGAAUGAUCAAAACAAGGCAGAGUGUGAGACUAAGUUAAGAAGAUGCAGAUCCUCUCUGAUUUUGGAAAAUUUUAUGGGAUCUGCUGCUUACGGUGCUAACCAUUUCAUCAAUGGACACAAGAGUCAAGACCACCUCUAGAUUUUGCAGAUGCUGGGUUUUCGUUCUUUGCUCUUCCACAAUUUCUUGCAAUGCCCGCUGCUUUCGUAUCUAUUUUAUUGUUAAAAGCAGAUAGUAAAGGUAGCUUUUGGUACAUGAUCAGAAAAGCUUUAGCAGAUUGUUUUUCAUCCAUUCUGUGUAAGAUGGAGGAGAGUCUUCUUUUUGGUUUGGCCCCUUUCAGAAAUUCCUAGAUGGUUUUUCCCCCCACACCCCUGUUAGGUUGCUGAAAGUUGUGUCAAUGAUGAUGUCAGCGUCACCUUUAUAGAUUAAUUGUUUUCUUUUUAAAUUUGUACUGCCAUAGUCAUAUGAUUAUUAUUGAUUGACCCUCAAAGGAUUGAAUAAUGUAACCCCUGUUUCUAUGUUUUC